UAACGCAUCGGUCUCACGCAUAUGCGCUCUCCCCGAACGCUGGAACAGUACUCAAUAGCGGACUAUCGUGAGCGCAUCAGUGGUCGAACCGGUGCUGCACCUGACAACAUAAAAACCUCUGACAUACGGAAGUUAACAUCAUUAUAACAAAAUACAUCAGACAGGUUCGAGCUCGGGAAAUCCUAAUUGUGGACUAUACCUGCCGGAAUCUUUUUCAUCUGGAUUUUUACUCAAUUUUUCACAUCAAGGGGAACAUAAUACGCUGACUAUUUUUUUGUUGAUCGUGCAUUUACCAUGCCGGGCACGAUGGGAACUUUCGGCCGUCUGUUCAUUAUAUGUAUGACUGUGGGAUUCACAUUAGUGAAUGUCAACUCGGUGGUUGGUGCUGAUAUAUUGAUGCCAAAUCUUCAUCCAAAACAUGAACAUUUAUUCUCAAAACUUGACGAUUAUCACUUAGUCCGACCGUAUCGGUCGACCCCGGAUGGAGAGUUUAUAAGCCACGACCUUUCAACUGAAGCCGAAGAAAACGAACUGGAUUAUAUACGUGUUAAAAGAGCAGACGAACUUCGGCGGCGGCGCAGACGACGUGACGUCGACGGCUUAAAUGAUGGCGUCGUCAAUGACGCUGAUGCCGACGUCGACUCGCAGUUUCACUUCGCAGUCGAUGCUUUUGGAGCUCAUAUGAUUUUAAAUGUAACGAGGGAUGCGCGUUUAGUAGCACCUCGGUUUAAAGUGGAACGAUACUUGGACGAUGGAACGAUGGAAUCGUUCACUCCGAGGACGAAUUGUUUCUACAAAGGCGCGGUCUCACAAUACAGCGAGUCACGGGUUGCUAUUAGCAACUGCCAGGGAAUGAGUGGGUGGAUCCAAACAGAUGACGAAGAAUACAUCAUAGAACCUCUGGAAGCCGAGGACCAAUCAGCGUACAACAUGACUGAUGGACACCUCCACGUCAUGUACAGGAGGCGGGACUUCAGGUCAGACACGGUCGGAUUGGGCGCCGCUAAUGGAGAUUCAGCAUCCUUCAGCACGAACCUCGUCAAUGACACUACUGCUGACCUACCUUUCUUCGACGACGACGAGGAAGACGAUCUCAUGGACGACCAGGAGACCGACCCAUCGACGUCGGCGCAUCGGGCAAAGCGGCGAGCGAGUCGGUAUGCGGCUGGGAGACAGAACUACGUGGAGACGAUGAUCACCGUGGACGCGGCCAUGCACUCUUUUCACGGGGAGUCGUCGGUGAACAUUUAUGUCAUCACGAUGCUUCAUAUUGUAAACACAGCGUACGAUCACCCUUCAUUGGAAGCUAACAUCCAGUUUGUUGUAGUCCGAAUCGUUCUCCUAAACAGACAACAGUCCAAAUACAUGGUAGUAGAGAACAACGCUCCGGCCAGCUUGACCAACGUGUGUCGAUGGGCCGCUACCCAGACCACGCGUGAUGACUCGGCCCCAGAGCAUCACGACCAUGCCAUCUUCAUCACCAAAGAAAACUUCGGUCCAGCCGGCUAUGCCCCUGUGACUGGUAUGUGCGCCAUUACGAGGAGCUGUUCUCUCAAUAAAGAUGAGGGUCUUUUAUCAUCCUUUGUGAUCGCUCACGAGUCUGGUCACGUUUUUGGCAUGGAGCACGACGGUCAAGGAAAUACGUGCGAAGACGACGCGACGCGAGGCUCUAUCAUGGCCCCCGUAGUCAUAUCGACCUACAUUCACUACUUCUGGUCGAAGUGUAGUCGGGGCGAGCUACAGCGGUACCUGUCUCGGUACUACUGCUUGUGGGAUGAUCCAUUCGACGGUGGAUAUCCGGAGGUUCGGCAAUAUCCCGGUCAGCGUUAUACAAUGGACGAACAAUGUCGGUUUGAUUUCGGGUACGGUUACCGCACGUGUACCGCGUUCGACGAUUACGACAAAUGCGAUCAACUGUGGUGUAUGCACUACCGCAAAAGAUAUGUAUGUCGGACUAAGAAAGGUCCGCCGUUAGACGGCACAGAAUGUGGGCCGGGGAUGUGGUGUGUGCAGGGUACAUGUAGGUAUUCGCAGAAUCAAAUAGACGGACAUUGGAACGCCUGGAGCGGAUGGUCAGAGUGCUCGUAUAGCUGCGGUAGAGGCACCCAGUACAGGACUAGACAAUGCGACAACCCAAGACCGCAAUAUGGAGGACGAGACUGUUCGGGAAAAGGCGAAGGCGUUAGGCUAUGCAACACACAGGAAUGCUCCAAUGGACCCUUCGACAAGCGAGCCGAGCAGUGUACAAACUUUUUCAGCAAUUGGAACUUCAUGAACCAGAGACACACUUGGUUACCUUACGAGAACAGAAACAGAACAUUACGUUGCCGGUUAACCUGUGUAUCAGAGGAAACCAAUGAAGUAGCGAUGUCCGACUAUAACGUGACGGACGGGACACCAGCCUCUUACGAUAACCCGGAAGAAAUCUGUGUCAAUGGAAAGAAAAUUCCGAUAGGUUGUAACGAGGUGAUAUCAUCGAAGCUUCAAUGGGAUAGGUGCGGGGUGUGCGGCGGUGACGCGUCAACCUGCAAGCGAGUCACCUUCGAUAUCAACGAUGACGCUUCCAGCAAGAAAAGAUACAAAAAGGUUUUAACACUCUCCCCGGCUUUACGAAAAUUGGAUGUAAAGAAAACAGUGGCUUCUACCCAUUUUCUAGCAUUAAAAAGCGCGGAAACGGGAAAAUAUAUAUUGAACCCCGGGAGGCGGCGCUCUGAACCGCAUGAUUUUAUCGUCGACGGUGCAAGGUUUACAUAUGAUAUCAGCGGUAGUCGUGAGAGGCUUGUUAGUAAAGGACCAAUAGGAAAGGAGCUUCAUUUGAUGGUUUACAUCACGCGAGACGACAGUACAUUAAACUACACGGCGUCUUAUUACGAAACGAUACCGUCAACGACCAUGGCGCCGACCACAGCGAUCACGACACGACCAGUGACGACCCCGCGGGAGAAUAACCAUAUCGCUCAAGUGGUUACGGAGGCCGAUCCCACCUAUGAAUGGAGAGAGAUUGGAUGGACCAAGUGCAACAGGAAGUGUGGAGGAGGUUACACCUUCUUCAGACAUCAAUGUUAUGUUGGUGGCACCGAAGAAACAGUGAAGAAGGAUAAAUGUGGCAAGGAAAGCUAUAAUCCGAAAGGGAAACGCAAGCGAUGUAAUACCCAUGAAUGCGGGACGAUCCCGGGUGCCGAGACGAACGUUGAUAUAUCCACGGAAAGGGAGACAACUACACAUAGAGAAACAACGACGGUCGUAGCCACAACACCACCUACCACUACCACACCGCCAACAACUACACCACCCACGACAACAGCACCUACCACAACAGCACCUACCACAACCCGUCCCACUACAACACAGCCCACUACCACUCAAGCAACAACCACGGAACCUACAACAACGCGCCCUACCACUACACUGCCUCCCACAACUACACCGCCUCCCACAACUACACCAGUACCAGCAAGUUAUGAAUGGAAGAUUCGAGAAUGGGAAAACUGUUCCGAAGCUUGUGGCAUCAACGGUUUCCGAAGACGAGACAUCCACUGUAUUCAGACAUUAGCUGGCGCGAGGAGCAAAGUGGACCCCUCAUUGUGCCCCUCCCCGCAACCAGUGGACCAUGAGGAGUGCAAUCGGGAGGCCUGCCCGGCUAGAUGGAUCACAGAGUCGUGGUCAGAGUGCUCGGCGAGCUGCGGUACCGGUACGAAGACACGCGCUGUGACCUGCGAGUCACUGGAUGGUGAAGGGAUGCCGGGAACGUUCCAUUGCUUCGACGAAAGACCGCCCACAUCAAAGUCAUGCUCGAUCCAAGAUUGUGACCCUGGAAGCUGUGUUGCCAUGGACUCGGUUAUCUGCAAGCGUAAGAAUUACCGUACCUACUGUAAGAUGCCACGAUACGAAGAACUUUGUUGUACCACGUGUGGCGAACAGAAGAAAUUAUUCCAACAGCAACGAGCACGUAACGCACGUCGACCACGGAACUAAACAUCAAUUGCCGGUUCAAACCAGGGGCACUUCACUUCACAUGCGGGGGAUCGUAGCGACUUAGCAGCGAAACGGCUGUGAGGAGUGGGGGUACACCCUACCCUAGUCCCGAAAAAAAAAUGUUUUGUACCUUUGCAGUAUUACCAAAAAAAGGCAUUUUUAUCAAUAUCUCUUGAUUGGCAAUUUCCUUAAUUUGGGGAAAGAGAGGGGGAGAAACCAUCCCUCAUUGAACAUUUCCUAAUGAAUGUGUCUCCCCCUCCCCUGUAUCACCGCCCCUGGUUCGAACUCUGGCAUAAACACUGGAAGAUGUCAUAUUUUUUAUGAUACAGUGACUGGACGAUAUACUUGGAUGUAUUUAUUGUACGAAUCAUUAUGGGGAGUUCUCAAAUUCCGGAAUAGAUGAUUAUAAGUAUUAUUAGAUCAUAUGAGUACAAUGAAUUUUGAUGGUACUUAAAGCUUGUUGAUUUAUGGCGAUGACUGUGAAUACAUGUACUUACAGUAAAACAAUGGUUAUGUGUAGAUAAUAAAAAUCAAUUUUGCAAGAAUGUAAAAACAGAGAGUGAGUAAGAGAGAGAGAGAGAGAGAGAGAGAGAGAGAGAGAGAGAGAGCAGGGAAUGAAAUGUGAGAGAAAAAGAGAGACAUUGAGAAAUUGCGAGGAUUGCGAGGAAAACGUGAUGAAGUGAAAGAGAAAGAGAGAGGGAGAGAGUGUGUGCUAGAGAUAGGAAAAAUGAUACAAAAUAAAAGACAUAUUAAAGUGUAAAAUACUCGUUACCCUUAUAUCAUUGGAUCAUAAAGUUAAUACAUUUAGAAAUCUAACAUAAAAAAAACGGGGAAUAUCGGAAUAUGUUUACAUGGAGGAAAAUGUGCACAUCAUCUAUUUUGUUUAUAUGUCAAAUCUUGUUCUUUUUAUAUCGUCGGGAUGGAAUUUGAAUGCUGUAACAUAGAACUCUCAAAUUUGCUAUGCCUUUUAUGUCUGCAUUUCAAUCUUGUGUAGUCGGCCCACGUCUUACUUUUCCUUAUUUUCAGGGAAAUUGUUUGCUUCUUUCAUUGAAAUUCACUUCUAGUGUAUAUAUGUACAUACAUGUAUAUAAUUAUUCUAAAGAAGCCUAUCGGUUUUCAUGUACUUAAAAUAUGAGACUCCUGUGGUGCUCUGUUUUUUAUCAUGGUCAUGUGUGUGGUUUAGUAUGUGUACCUUUAGUUGCCUCAUUUAAUAUCACUCGGGUUUUUUAAAUCAGGUCGAUUUAAGGGUUUGCAACAGUAAAGCCUUUUCUUAUCAUCUGCCUAUUUAAAAAAAGUAAUGAGCCAUUAUUGUAAUUUAACCAGAUUUAAACUUAAUAAAAUGCCUUGAUACAAAAUUAUUUCAUUCACUCAUGAGGAAUAAAUGUAUGUCAAUAGUCAGAAUUCAAAUUGCAUAUACAUUUAUCAUGUGUUGCUAGGUAGGGCAAGCCUCAAUUUUUUUCCUACCUAGCAACAACUUAUUUGAGCAAUUUGAAUUCAGACUAUUGAAAUAUAUUUAUUUGUAAAAGGCGAAUGAAAUAAGGCACUUUUCAAAAGCAUAUGCAUUAAAUUUGGUUACAUUACAAAAAUGGUCCAUUACAUGAGAUUCAAGUAAACUAUGUCAAUUGACCUCUAAGCAUGCUGAACAGUUGUAGUGCCUUUUCAAGGGAUUUGAACCCGUACCUUAUUAUCAAGUCUGGUGACUAAUACGCAAAAGACCACAAAACCUGUAUGUGAUCUUCAAAAAUGAUAAAGUCAAAUUUCCAGAUCGGAUUCAGAAGAAUUUGCGGGUAACCCUGCCAGCACGAUUUACAGUUGAAGGUUCGUGGCUGGGAUUUGAGCCCUGAAUCCCAUGAUCCAUAGUCAGAUCAAAGUAAUGACCAAUUUUCUUAAUUCUUUUUGUAUGCAUAUCCGUGUAGUGUAAAUUACAAACUUUUCUGGUGCUGGAAUGGAUGUUAUAUAUUUAUUAUGAGAUUACUGAAUAUUCUUCAUAUUACCAGAGAAAUCUAUUUUAUAGCUCGUUCUAGAGCAUGUAUUUGUAUCUCGUGCGUUAAUUUUACUUCGCCUAAAACAUCUUACUCUGCUAUAGAUAACAAAGCCAGGAAAAGUAAAUGCUCCGGCAAUAAUAAUACAAAAGUCCUGCCUUGUGAUAUGUGCUAUGCCUUAUAUGCAUGCAACCAUCCUUUUGUACUAGAAAAUGUAAAUAAAGACAAUGCUAUUACAUGUA